UGCAAACACAGCUCUGUUUGAAUGUUAACAGCAGCCUCACUGAGAAGCAUCUCUGCUAUAUUAAAGCAUGUUGCUAAGUGACUUUGGGUAAAUAAAUGGCAGGUUAAUGAUUUGUGGGGCUGCUUCAAGCUCUGAGAAAGAAAUAAAAUCAAAUUAACAGGUCCUAACUUCCUAUUAACAGGACGAUCGAUCGUCUUCACUGAAAAUGCCUAAGACCUUACCAAUUUCCAAGCAGCUUGCUUCUGUCAAAGCUUUUGGAAAAGCCUCAGAUCUAGAAAUGGCGACUGCAACUGCAGCACUGGUAUUUUAUAACUCUGCUGGACCAGACGGCAAACUCAGCAAAGCAGGAGCAAAAGAUUUAUUAUUGACACAAUUUCAGAUUUUCACAAGGGGACAAGAGACGAAACCAAAAUACAAAGAAAUCUUCGCUGACCUUGAAGUAGAGAAAGAGAAUAAAAUGGAUCUAGAAGACUUCUUGGUCUUGGUAAUAAGCCUGACAGUCAUGUCCGAUGUUAUACAAGAUAUUCGAAAUACAAAAACCUCCAAGUAAAUACGUUGCAGUUAAUGUUCACAUGAAGCUGUUGGCUUGU